AUGGAGGAGCAAAGUGGUACAUCUGCGCCUAGAGUAAGCGAUAAACGUUUAGCACAAACACAAGCAAAAGUAGAUGAAGUUGUCGGAAUAAUGCGUGUCAAUGUCGAGAAAGUUUUGGAAAGAGAUCAAAAACUAUCUGAACUAGACAAUCGUGCAGAUGCUUUGCAACACGGGGCUGCGCAAUUUGAACAACAGGCCGAAACUAAUUCGACGAAAACU